AUGAAGUUAGAGGAAAGCCUGUCUCUGAUACAAAAGGAAUUCUUCGAUUUUCGUUGGGAUCCAGCUGGUAACGUGGCACAGCAUACAUCGAAGCUCGAAGGAAUGGUGAAUAAAAUAAAAACGCUAGAGGGAGAGAUACCGGCAUCUAUGCUAAUCACGAGAAUUCUCUCCACGCUACCGCAAAAAUUCAGCCAUUUCCACAGCGCAUGGGAUUCGACGGAUGAUGCGAAGAGGACAAUCGAAAAUCUAACGGCAAGGCUCAUGAUGAAAGAAAUGCGUUUGAAAGUAAUUCAAAAGGCAAAACGACAAUACAAAGAAAGAGGUGCCACACGUGUGGUAAACCACAAAACCAAGAACUGCAGAGGCUAUUAUAAUUGUGGAUCAUUUAAAAAAAACUACCCGAAGCAGGGAGAACAUAAGAAGAACGAAGACACGUCGAGUGCGUCGACAGCACAAGCAUUCGCGGGAUCUACGGAACGAACAAAGACAGAAGACUACUGGCUACUCGAUUCAGCAGCUCGGGCCAUACGAAUGACGAAUGAACGAGACUGGUUCUUCGAGUAUCAGUUUUCAGAGCCGUUAAAGGUCUACAUUGGUAACGGUAAGAAGGUGCCAGCGCUAGGACAAGAUAACAUCAAGAUCGAAACGAGAGUAAACGGAAAAUGGUCGCAAGGGAUUGUUACAUCCAGCUUUAUGAAAGAGUAG